CACAACAAUCUCACUCUCGCUACCUUUUUGAACGUUCAAAUUAACUCUCUCUCUCUCUCUCUGCAUAUAAACGAUAAAUGUUGAUGCUGCUUCUCAUUAAUACCCGCUCUCGCGAAGUUACUCUGUGCUUGAACUGAGUUGCUUGCUUGUUCUUGUUUGAAAAAUGGACAGACUUCGACGUCUCGCAAAAUCAAAGAGUUCCGACAAAAACGAUCAAGGAGACCAGCAUGCUCGGCAAGAAAAGCCUAAAUCAAAGCUUCCAUCAACGAAUGUGGUUGCUAGAUUAAUGGGGUUUGAUGGCUUGCCAUCUCAGCAGCCAAUUCAUAAGGAAGCCAAAAGCUUUUCGGAAAAUUCACUCAUGACUUCAGAUCCAGCAUUACAAGGAGAUGGGGACUUGAUUCGCGGUGAAUCACAUAAGAAGCGAAUCACUGAAGAGCCAGAUUGCAAGGAUAUUUUUGAAGAGAAAUUGAAGAUGCCAGGCACCAAUAGAGAUGCAAUAAUGGAUCUUUUAAAGAAACCUAAUCCGUUGUUCGUGAAGCAUCUGCAGGGAUUGCAAGAGUCUUCUUCUAGCUCUCGUUGCAGUCACCUACUCAUUCCAAAGCUGUCAGAGUCAGACCCUAAAAAAUAUCAAGCUAAACACCAAAAUGUUGAGGGAACCACUUCUUCAAAACAUCAGAUUGGCUCUAAGAAGACACAUGAUGAUGGUAGUCUGAAUCAAUCUUCUGCCCUUGCAAUUACUCAACAUCAUCUCCAGGAAUCAAAAAUUGGUUGGGAGGAGGAGAAAGAGGGCACUAACAAAGGAACCUCAAGGAUUGUAAUUUUAAAACCAAACUAUGCAAUGGCAGAAGAUGCUCGUAACUGUUCAUCAUCAAAAGAUUCUGCACGUGCUCAUAUUUCGGGCAGUAGGAAACCUAAAGGGCACAUGAGUGAGAGGAUAAAGGAAGGAGACUAUCUUGAAAAAAUAGAUGUUACUGAUGGUGUAGAGGUCUCAGCAUCUCGAGUUCGAGAGGCUAAAAAAUAUGGAAAGAAAGUUAUUAGAGAAUUAAGUGAGACUACACUCAGUAUGAAGGAAAGAGAAUCUAGAGAAUCUGCCAGGAAGUUUAAUGGAGAAGUGCAAGAGGUGUUUAGUCGCAUGAGAACGGAGUUUCCAUCUUAUGUGAAAGUGAUACCUGGGACAGGGGGCCUUCAUGACCUUUCGAAAAUUGAUUCAGCAAGUGAAUCAGACGUGAUGAAAAUGACAUCUUAUGAUUCAACAGAAUCAUUUGUUAGCAGGCAGGCCAAGAAGAGACUGCUGGAGAGGUGGAGAAGGGCCCAGAGGCAUGAACUUGCAAGAACAGGUGGCAAGGGAAUCACACUCCGUGAAAUGCUCUGUAUUUCGGAGGAUAGAUUGAAGCAUUUGGAUAUGGAAAAUGCAAGGUGGGAUACGCCUUUGGGUAUCAGCAGUGCAGAUGGAUGGAAGGACAUGUAUUCCCAAAUUAAACCGAGAUCAAGAUCCCUUCCUCCUGGUACCAGAAGUGAAAUGUUAAAUGCAGAACGUGCCGAUGACAAGUUGCUACUGUCUAAAGAAGAAAGAUGUCGUAGACAAAGUGAUAGACGACAUAGGAAGUUAACUGAGACGGCAACCUCAAGAUCCAGCAAGAGAAAAUCCCAGUCUCGGCACAGACGUGCUUCUGAUUCCCAUGCUUCAGUGGAGAACCAUAUCAAUCAUGAUGAUAUAGACCUUGUAAAGAAAAAUUCACCUGAAGAGAAUACUAUGGUUCCUCCAACACCUAUUGUUAGCAGCACUUUCGGGACAGGAGCAAGCACCACACUCGAGUACUAUACUGCUUCAUCAGUAUCAUCUGAUGCAUGCUACCCGAAUGUCUCUAAAAGCAUGCUAAAGCUAUAUUAUCCCUCUCAUAGCGGGCAAGAGCAUUCAAAUCCAAAGCACUUAGUCGCUGAAGGAGAAUCCUCAGGAAUCUUGAAGGAGGCUGGCCCCAGUGCAAUUUCGGUUCUGAAAGUUCCUACUGGAGAAGAUUUAUCAUCGGUUCCUGAAAGCUUUAAACAACUUAGUGCUGAAAUUCAUGAUCUCCGUAAGCAGCUCUCUCUGCUCCGUAGUCGAUCACAGUCAAACUUCGAUGCACAUUUGCAUAUCAAUAAUGACUUUGCUAGUGAGGGAUCGAGCCUAAGUUUUCUUGCCGAUGAGAUAGUUGUAUCUGAGUACUGGCAAUCUUUUUACAUUGCUGAUGUCUUAAUUGAAUGUGGUCUUUAUGAUGCGGACAUCGAUGCAUGCAUGCCAAAUUCAAAAGGUCCAUAUCACCCUCUUGGGCCUUGGGUCUUUCACAAUCUUGAGAAGAAAUACUGUGACGAGACAUCUGCACCAAAAUAUGAGAGGAUGCUACUAUUUGAUCGUAUACGUGCAGCUGUUUUGGAGAUUUCACGGUCCUGCAAGAAUCCUUGUCCAUGGGUGAAGCCCAUGACAGCUGAAUUUGGUAAGUUGCCGAAAUGUAAGCUGAGGAAUGAGGUGCAGAAGUUGCUGGACACCCAAGAGGCACCGGCAAAGGUAAUUGAUAGGGAUACAUUUGGUGGGGAUCUAAGGAGUUCAAUCGACAUGCUAGGUAUAAAAUUUGAGAAAUCUAUAACAGAUGACCUCCUGACGGAGCUUGUAAUGGAACUGAAAUCUGGUGUAUAGUCAUAGGGGUGGCGGGGUAUAGAUAGACAUUUGACAACAGAAUUAAUGAAAUAGUGCUGGGAAGGGAGUAAAUAAUAGGAAAUUAAAGUGUUAGGAUUUUAAUUUUAUUAUUUGCAUUUGGAUAUUGAUUUUGUUUAGGUGUUUUGAUUCGUUUCA